ACACUGAUGGUUCAAACAGAACACGUCUUUCUUUCACUGAAUCGUUCCCGAUCACUUGUUGCCUUGAAGAAGAGUCUCUGUCAACACAAUGGCGACAUCCACCUCAUCCAAGACAUCCAAGGCCAACACCACCUUCUCUCUGGCCUUGUUCAAAAAGCUGAGUGAUGACGACAAGACGGCGAAUAUCUUCUACUCCCCUUUCAGCAUUUCUUCAGCCCUGGCUAUGGUGAUGCUGGGGGCCAGGGGCAACACAGCCACACAGAUGUCAGAGGUCCUUCGCUUCACUGAGGCAGAGCAACCGAAGCAGGCGGAAGAAGAGCCGAUGCAAACGCAGUCGGCGAUGCACUCGCAGAUGCAGACACGGAUGCAGUUGCGGACACAGAUACAGCGCACCAGCAGACUGCCUCAGUACCUGGUCAAGGUCUUCUCUGGCUGUUCGCAGUGCCUGAAACCCAAGAAUGGUGAAGACGAUGUCCAUGCUAGCUUUUCCCAACUGCUGAGUGAGCUCAACAAAAAAGACGCUCCAUAUGCCCUCAGCCUUGCCAACAGGCUGUAUGGGGAGCAGUCCUACCAGUUUAUUGAGGAUUUCUUAUCAGAAACCAGAAAGCACUACAACGCUGAGCUGGAGUCUGUGGACUUCAAAACCAAGGCAGAGGACGCCAGGGUCAACAUCAAUAGCUGGGUGGAGAAGGAGACGCAAGGAAAAAUCAAGGACUUGCUGAAGAAGGAUAUAGUGGACGGCACAACCAUGCUGGUCUUGGUCAAUGCCAUCUACUUCAAAGGCAACUGGGACAAAAAGUUCAAGGAGGAUUCUACUGUUGAUGCUCAGUUUAAAAUCAACAAGAAUGACACGAAGUCGGUGAAGAUGAUGUGCCAGAAAAGUAAAUUCCGUCUCGCCUCCAUUCCUGAGGCCAACUGCCAGAUCCUAGAGAUGCUCUAUGAAGGGAAGGAGCUAAGCAUGCUCAUCUUCCUUCCCGAUGAGAUAGAGGACGACACAACAGGCUUGGAGAAGCUGGAGAGGGAGCUGACCUAUGAGAAAUUUGUGGAGUGGACUCGUUCAGACAUGAUGGGUCAAACUGAGGUUGAGGUGAAGCUGCCUCGCUUCAAGAUGGAGGAGACGUAUAACUUGAAAGAUGUUCUGACCAGCAUGGGCAUGGUGGACGCUUUUGAUGUCACAAGGAGUGACUUUUCCGGCAUGUCCCCAGCAAACGACCUGGUGCUGUCAAAAGUCGUCCACAAGGCUUUCGUGGAGGUCAACGAGGAGGGAACGGAGGCUGCUGCUGCCACUGCUGCUAUCCUGACGGAACGCGCUAUAAUGAUUCCUGCCACAUUCAUCGCAGACCACCCCUUCCUCUUCUUCAUCCGACAUAACCCCACUAUGAGCGUUCUCUUUGCGGGCCGAUACUGCUCCCCCGAGUGAGAACUACUGUACGCCCUGCAGACAUGGGAGGAUUAUGAGACAAUGGGUCCCUGAGCACAGACAUGUAAAGGGCACCGACCCCAUUCUACGUGAGAACGAGAGCCACAGAUAAAAAAAAAAAAAAAGAGACAUAUUUUUGAUAAUUUACAUCUUUGUCUUUGUGGUCGUAUCCUGUCUCUUGGUUGUUCUGGGUCUCGUUUUUGGUCAUUUCGCAACUCUGUGUAUAUUCGCGUCUCUUUUUGAUAGUUUUCUGUCAUUUUUUGGUCCUUUUAUGUCCUUUUGUGACUUCCCAACAAAAAUUCUAGUAGAAACUUCAAACAGAUCUGUGCAGAGUAGCCUUCUUCACUAAUCCGUCCAUGCCUGUAGAGCACAGUGAGGGGAGGGAUGUAUCUAUUGAAGCUACUCUAUAUGGCUAUGAUGCUAAAAGGUAUUGCUGGAAGAAAUGGAGAAUCACUGUUCUAGAAUGUGUGUGUAAAUUCUUAUCAUUGUUCCUGUCCAAUAUUUUCAAGACCCGGGUUUUGCUAGAGAGCCUUUGAAAAGAAACUGCUGUAUGGUACUAGAUCAAAUAAAAGUGCAUGUUGGAGCUUGGUGGGGUUAAAUCUUGUUCAUAUCUUUUUGUGCAUGCAUUUUAACCAAUGACUCUGUGUUUGUCCACCUUCUGUUUGUCAUCCUGCACAAAUGUGACUGUGAUCCACAUCAUACACACUGCACCUUUACAUUACAUUCAUCCUCCCAUCCAUUCAUCUGUCACAAAAUGGAAAGUUUUGUAGUUGUUUGCGCAAGUCUGUUCUCUGCAGGUGUGUAGCACCUCUAGUUCUAAGCAAUGAUAGC